UCGUAUAAGAAACAAAGCUAGGAAUGAUGAAAGCGAAAAUUGUCGAGUUCCUUUUUUAGACGAAGACUGUAAAAUGCAAAAUAACGACGAUAUCAACAGCAAUGAUAAGUCAAAAACACGGGAAGAAAACGAAAUGGUAUUAGGAGCAUCAGACGAGUUGAAACUUCCCAAGAUAUCGAACCAAGUAGUGGCGAAUUCAGCAAUGAUCUCAACCGUAAAAAGAACGCAAAUCAGCGACAAACGGUGUUGAAACGAUUUAAAAAUAGGUUUUCACGUAAAGGCACUCGGCAUACAAGUGAAGGCGAAGGUAACAUGUACUCACGAAGUACCACAAAGAACAAUGGCCGUGAAACUGUUGACGAAGAAGACGAUUUUUGUGAUCAACAUACUUAUGAAGUCCCUUUAAAUUUAAGUGCUGGCACAAAUCAGAAUUCAAACAGCCGAUUUGAUGAUGUUGUUAAUUAUGAGAGACGAAACGAUUUGACACAGGGGCACUCUGAAAGAAAUUCGCAAGGAAUCACGAAUAACGAGGAAUCUUAUUGGAGUAAUGACUCUGCCAGUAACGAGGGCGUUCGUAAUGAUCAUGCCAUGCAUUUUAACGGUGGUUUGGCUAGUGAAAAACAUAACCGUAUGAAACAAUCAAAGGCGAUGACUCUUCCAAGUAGAUCUCGUACUCAAGCGCUUCAUUCUACAGGAAGUCUACCUUUUCCUGCUGAUGUCUCCAGUGAAGAUUCAUCUUCAGAGGAUUCAGUAGAGCCUUUACCCUCAACUGAUAAUCUUAAGAAGACCUCAAAGAAUUCUAGAAAUUAUAGAGCUCGGUCACUUCCAUCAAAGUUCACUCUUAACUAUCAAUUUCUCAAGGGACUAAAUGACCUUUGUAAAUGUGGUUGGUAUUGGGGCCCCUUGAGCAGUAAAGAAGCCGAGGUGAAGCUUCAUGGAAAACCAGAUGGUGCAUUUCUUGUUCGAGACAGUAAUGACAAUCACUAUCUUUUAAGCCUUAGUUUUAGGUCAGCCCAGAAAACACUCCAUACUCGCAUUGAAUUCUGCAAAGGAAUGUUUAGCUUCUAUGCUGCACCAUUUAUCAGCACAGGAAGUUAUGCAUCCGUUGUGGAACUGAUUGACCAUUGUGUGGAAACAUCAAAAAAUCGAGUUUUUUGCUACACUAAAGGCCGUUCUGUGAAUGGUUCUGCUUUCCCAGUUCGACUGACAAAACCUGUUUCUAGAUUUGAGCAUGUGUGUAGCUUGCAACAUCUUUGUCGGUUUGUGAUACGCCAACAUUUUAGUUUGGAAAACAUUGGUCAGCUUCCAUUACCAGGUAUGAUGAAGAGGUACCUUGAAAAGAACCAUUUUGACCCAAAACAACCUGUGUAAGAGAUCCAAUGUCAUGGUGAUGAAAGUUCUGGCAGGCUAGAAAUGUUCAUCAUAGAAUUUGAAAUUCUUAAAGAAUUAUUUUCUACAUUAAUGCAAUACUACAUUAGUUAACAAUAUAUAUACCAUGAUUAGUUGUAUUUAAUUAAACUAAAUGACAAUUCUCUUGACGUAAAAAAUAUGCAAUAACAUUUCAAGUA